AUGUUUCCGAUCCUAUUCCUAGCAGCAUUUGCUUCACAAGCGGUUGCUGCUCCAGCUGCGAGCAACACUACGGUCAGAAACUGGCUCUACACAAGCCAGAUUGACAAUAAGACCCUCGACUUACUGGACCGACCCGAUAUUGAGGGCGUUCAGGCACUCUACAGCUGGAAGUCCCUCGAGCCUCAGCAAGACGAAUACGACUUUUCCCGUAUCAACCACGACCUCGAGCUUGUUCAGGCCAAGGGCAAGAGGCUCUGGGUUCAGCUGCAGGAUCGGACCUUUUCCAUCGAUUCCAACCCUGUGCCAAAGUAUCUGCAUGCCCCCAUCUACAAAAAUGGGAGUGUCCCGCAGUGCGACGGCAGCAACUGCGAUACACACUUUCAAAUUGUUGGAUGGGUGGCCGCGCAGUGGAACGAGCACGUGCGUCAGCGGUUUCAGGCUCUGCUCAAGGCAAUGUCAACUGAGCUCGACGGCCGCAUCUAUGGCUUGAACCUGGCGGAAACCUCAAUCAUACCCGAAGAGAACAAGAACAACUUUACCCAUCUCGGUUACUUUGAAGGCGAGUUGGACAAUGCCGCAUACGCCGCCAGUGUCUUUCACGAGUCGUACGUGGUGCAGUACGUCAACUUUUGGCCGUGCGAACCGGAGGACACACACAACUAUUUUGUCAAAUCGUUUGACUUCUUCGCCAAGCAUGGAGUCGGUAUCGGCGGGCCGGAUCUCAUCCCUUAUAAACCUGGCCAGGAAGACAACUCGUACCCGUUUCUCCACGAGUAUCGCAACAAAGUUCCCAUCAGCGUCAUUGCCGUACAGGAGCCGGACUUGCGUGAAAUUAACCCAUAUACGCACAAAAAAUUCACUCGACAGGAGUUUACAGACUAUGCAGUCGAAAAGCUGGGGUCGCAAAUCAUUUUUUGGACAGAGGGCGCGCAUUGGCUCAACUAG